AUGCUCCAAGACAGCAUCAUGUCUACCGAAGGCACAAAACACGACACCGUGGUGUCAACUGAGACCGAGUCUGAACUCCGGUCCCAGGAGGCACCGUCGAAGGGAUUGUUCUCUACAAUCGCCCGGAAGAUAUGGGGCGAUGAUGUUCGAGAAAGGAAGUACAUACAAAAGCUCGACAGUUUUCUAUUCUCUUACGUACUUCUCGGUUACUUCAUCAAGUACCUAGACCAGAACAACUACAGCAACGCGUUCGUCAGCGGCAUGCAGGAGGAACUCGGGCUCUACGGAAACGAGAGGAAUCUUCUCAACACAUACUUCAACAUCGGCAUCAUCCUGGGUACCAUCCCAGCCCAGAUGAUUCAGCUGAAAUGGGUUCGGCCGUCGAUAUGGAUUCCCGCUUGCGAGCUGGCUUGGUCUGUCUUGACGAUGGUCAUGGCAAGCGCGAAGAAUGUCGAAACGCUUUAUGCUCUUCGGUUCUUUGUCGGCCUGCUGGAAUCGUGCUCAUUCCCGGGUUUCGCCAGCAUUCUGGGGAGUUGGUACGGGAAGUCUCAGCUUGCGAAGAGGAUGGCCUUGUUUGAGCAGACUGCAGCAAUCGCCGCCUUCUUCAGCGGAUAUCUUCAAGCAGGUUUGUACACCGGAAUGAAUGGCACGGCAGGGUUGUCAGGCUGGCGGUGGUUAUUCAUCAUGGAUGGUGUCAUUUCAAUCCCGAUUGCGUUGUAUGGUUUCUUCGCGCUGCCGGACUUGCCUCACAACACGAGGGCAUUCUAUCUGAAGAAAGAGGACCGAGAGUACGGCAUGGAGCGAAUCAAAAAGAUGGGACGUAAGCCGCCGUCAAAACUCACGCUCAAGGGCAUCAAAGAUAUUUACACCUCGUGGCAACUCUGGGCCUUCAUCCUGCCGUAUCUUAUGGUUGCCGAGGCUGGUUCCGGCACCGGAUACUUCAACCUUUAUCUCAAGGCAGAGGGCUACAGCGUAGUCAAGACGAACAUCCUCCCAACCAUCGGCAAGCAACGUCAUCCAAGUCGUUGCCGCGUUUUCUUUCUGGUGCUGGUGUCGAACAUCUUAUUAUCGGUCUGGAACGUGCCGAAGGCAGCAUUGCUGGCCGCGUUUUACCUGAGCUACACGGGUGGUGCAGCACAGCCUGUGGUUAUCAGCUACGGGCAUGAAAUCACUCAGUGGAAUGCCAACCUGCGCCAGCUUCUCGUGGCUACGGGGAAUAUCUUCACUUACACCUUCAGCGCAUGGAUGCCAGUUGUGCUAUUCCCAACGUAUGAUGCGCCCAAGUACAAGUAUGGCUAUCAGAUACUCAUCUUGUUUGGCGGUCUCGCCGUCAUCGGCAUGUAUCUUCUGGAUUACCUGUACAAGCGGGACUUGAUGCGGAAUCCUCAUCUUUAUGAGACGGAAUAUGAGUCCGACCCUGAGCAAGAUGACACAGGUGACCUACACAGCCAGGACGGGCUCCAACCAGGCCAGGAUGGAGAAAGACGAUGA